AUGAAGGGCACGCCGGACGCUCCUAAAUGUGGGUUCAGCAAUGCUGUUUGUCAGAUACUCAAGUUUCACGGCGUCGACAAAUUUACAGCCUAUGAUGUGCUCUCAGAUGAUGAACUUCGAGAGGGUGUGAAGAAAUACACAAACUGGCCAACUAUCCCACAGAUUUUCUUCAACGGCGAAUUUGUUGGUGGCUGCGAUAUUCUGCUGGACAUGCACAAGAAAGGGGAGCUUAUUGAAGAGCUCCAGAAACUUGGGAUCAGAUCAGCCCUUCUGGACGCCAAAGAUGAAACUGGGGGAAAGAGCUGA